CCACCUCAUUUGUACCGUGUUACGAACCGGCAAGCUGAAUUUCUUAACGAACGACUGCACACGUAUACUGCUACGAAGGAAGAAAAUCAUAGCAGCAAUGAUUUUGGGGUGUUUUCUAAUGAUUUUUGUUGUCCCGUCAUAUGUAUUUGGUGCUGCUAAAGGACCAAAAGUUACUGACAAAGUCUAUUUUGAUAUAGAAAUUGGAGGAGAAAAAGCUGGCAGAAUUGUAAUUGGUUUAUUUGGAAAGACUGUCCCUAAAACUGUGAAGAAUUUUAAAACAUUAGCAGAGGGAACUGAGGAGAGAGAUGGUAAAAAGUUGACAUACAAAGGAAGUAAAUUUCACCGUGUUAUUAAAGAUUUUAUGAUUCAAGGAGGUGACUUUACUAGAGGCGAUGGAACUGGAGGAAGAAGCAUUUACGGAGAAAAAUUUGCUGAUGAGAACUUCAAGCUGAAGCAUUAUGGAUCUGGAUGGUUAUCCAUGGCUAACGCUGGUAAAGACACUAAUGGAUCACAGUUCUUUUUAACAACAAAAAAGACCGAAUGGUUAGAUGGUAGACAUGUUGUUUUUGGAAAAGUUAUAGAAGGAAUGAGUGUAGUAAGAAAAAUAGAAAGUAAUCCAACAGCAGCUGGAGACAAACCUAAAAAAGAUGUUGUUAUAGCUGAAUGUGGAUCUCUACCUGUAGAUGAACCUUUUGCUGUAGAAAAAAAGGCAUCUGAAGAAUAAGCAGAUACUCCACAUUAGACCACACCUUAUAUAAUUACUAGUUCUUUGGGUCCUCUAUGUAAUUCUCUAUGAAAGAUCUUGUCAUCUGAAAGGAAAAGGACCUGUUUUUCAAUAUAAGAAUUUGUUCAAGUUAUUUCCUAAUUAUUAUUAUCUAGUAUAUUUUUAUUGCACAAACAUACUAGAUAAAUCAAAAUAUUAAGUUAUAGAUGCAGUAAGUAGGGCUAAAUUUUCAGAGCUAUUUAAUUAUUGUACACCACGUACCAAAAUGAAAAUCUUCCAGUAAUCUGCAAUUAUAUGUUAAUUUGAUGCAUCAGUAGCCCUGUACAAAUUGUAGUCCAGUCAUUUUAGUGAGCAGAAUAUAUAUAUAAGAGCUUGAUUUUCUUUGAUUAACUUAUGUGCACUAACUAUAGAAUAGAGUGAAUGUAUUGUUUGAUUUUAGUUUCUUUGUACGAAACACUGUUUCUCUGAAUUAUCGGAUUAUAAAAGUGAAUUGUGUAAGUUUGUUAAAUUCUGAUUGUUACUGCAUGUAUGUAUUAAUAGAAAGAUCAUAUUGAGUGGAAUUUAAUGACUGAUGUGCGGUUAAAUUUUACGAAGAACUAGAAAUUAUAUUAUGAGUGGCUGUGACUAUUUCUUUAGUUCAUAUUUAUUUCGGUCAUUUUAAAUUAUUCACUCUCACAGAUUAUUAAUAAUAAAAAGUAAAUUCACUAUUUCAGAAUCUAAUGAAUUUUGGGUGAAGUUAUUCAUGUCCUAAAAUGAAGCAAAUAAAGAAACCUAGGUAUAAGGCAAUGAUAUUACCCACAAUCGUUUAGAUUUUGAAGUGACCAAUUCGAUCUGAUGUGUAGAUGAAUCUUUAUCAUCCUGUUAUAAGGAUUUUAGAUUCUCUUGUUUUGGCAAUAAUUAGUGCUAAUUUUAGACAAAAAUAGUCCAAAUAUAAUUUUUAUAUCAAUGCAGUCUAAUUAUUAUUUUACUUUUAUUAUUAACUGCAUUUUGUUUUUUUGAGUGUUGUAAAUGUUUUGUUUAAAAACAAAAUAUAUAUAUUUUGGGUUAUCAUAUCAUUUUUCAUUUCUGUAUAUAAGUGGAAGAACUAAUGGACGUGUUUUUAAAGUCCAAAUAUAAUAAUUUUUUUUCACAUCAGUUCAGGAUAGCAAGUUAAGCUGUAUAAAGAAUAUAAAAUCUUUUAAUUGAUAUUUAAGAUUGAAUAAUUGUUUAUUUUUUUUUUCUCAAAUUUGUAAUAAUAUUUUUCUUCAAAAUUUGAAUCAUAAACUUUGUUGUUCUCAGGUUGAAGGAUGUAACAUAUUUGUAAAAAAAAAUAUUUGGACAGACAAAUGUAUGUAGAAUUUGUCAUAAAAAAUAUAUUAGCAUUUAACAUAAAAUUUUCAGAUUAUAAUACAAUCUUUUUACAUUAAAACAUGAAAAAAAGG